UCGUCAUCUAAUGCUGCCAAACCUGAUCAGGAUUCCAUGGGAACUGAAGUUUCAAAAAGUCUAGCGGAAAAAUACAGUUCUAAAAUGGGCGAGACAGCCGAAAUUGACAAAAAUAAUGAAAUUUUUCAAAGUUCACAUGAAGGGAAAGAGCAAGGUGAUUUGGUUGACUACAGCUGGGCUAACAUUGGAAGUUUCGAUGAUCUUGAUCGAAUUUUCAGUGAUAUUUUGCAGUAAUGAUGACCCAUUAUUUGGCAAUGUAAGUCUUGGUAGUGCUGAUGAGCUAUGGUCUUCUUCUAAAGAUGUGAUUAACAGCCCACCAAAAUACUUCCCCCUAACUGUGGAUUCUCCAAGUAUAGGGUUGGGAGCAUUAGGGAUUACGUCGGAGAAUUUGGACAAUAAAACAGAAAAUGAGCAACAAGAAAACCAGCCAUUUACCCUUAGCUACGGGGAACUGAGUGACCCUUCAUCUCAUGGUCCGUAUAAUGCAAAUUUACCUCUAGAUCAUGGCAGAUAUCCUGGAGGAAAAUAUAAACCCACAACAAAGGAACAGGCAGAUGGAGUCAUUAGGGGGAAUAUCACUGAAACAAAUCAUAGCCUUGCCGCAGAAAAAGUUGAGACUCCUAAUGAACUUGUUGAUAAGCCUUGUAGGCAGAAGAAAUUAUUGAAGUUUCGGAAGAAGUCAGAAGAAAGGAGUGAUGCAAGGUCAUUGCAAGAUUUGUACCGUACCUGGACUCCAUCAAGAAACCCACUGGGACAAUUAGAGAAUCAGUUGGAACCAGCCAUUGUGCAUUCAUCUUCUUCAGUUCUAAAUCAGCAGAGGCAACUUCAAGGAACAGAGACCUCACAAUAUCAAAGUAUCUCCAAUCCAUUUAUGGCCACUUCUGUAUAUGGGAACUUGACAAAUCCAUACCCUGCUAUGCCUGUGUUAUCCGCUGUUCAGCCUGCUGAAUUCAAGAAUCAAUUAUUGCAUCCUUCUUAUGAGGUUUCUCCAGGUCCUCCAAUUCCAUUAAGCAGGUCAACAGACGCUCCUUCAAGACCUUUGACAAUGACUCCGCGGGAGAAAAUUGAAAAGCUACGGCGGCGGCAGCAAAUGCAGGCUAUGCUUGCUAUUCAGAGACAACAGCAGCAGUUUAGUCAUCAAGUUGCCGGUGCAGAUCAUCCUGUCAUGCAAAAAAGCCCCCAAGAUAGUCAAAUCCAACUAGCUGAUGCUGCUGACCUUGAAGAUUUAAGUACUCUUCCUUCUUUUGAUCAAAAUUCACCUACAGAACAUGAUGAUUCCAAUACAAUAUCUGUGGCAGCUGAUGAUUAUUCAGCAGAGGAAUCAGUACUUUAUCGGCUUCAAGAUGUUGUUGCAAAGCUGGAUAUGAAUAUAAGACUUUGCAUACGAGAUAGCUUGUUCCGGUUGGCUCAAAGUGCAAUGCAGAGGCAUUAUCCAAGUGAUACAAGCAGUUCAAAUAGAAGUAGCAGGGAUGAACCUGAAGCUGUUGCAGAAGAAGAGGCUAAAGCCUGUAAUAGAUACAUGAAGAUGCCAGAUGCAGAAACAGAGACCAACCCCAUAGACCGGACAGUGGCACAUUUGCUCUUUCAUAGGCCCUUGGAGUUAUCAGGAAAGCAUCCUGAAACUCCAGAAUCGCCUGCAUCUGCAAAGCUCCAGUCAGAAAGGAAGACAAUGGGAAUAGCGGACAUGCAAUUAGGAUAUAAACUUGAGAGUUCUAAAAUGAGACAAAGCUAUCCUCAAGAAGAGGAUAAAAGUCCUCCCCCAUUAGCAGAUAGGCCUGAAUCUCUUAAAAUUGAUAUAUUCGAAACCAGUCCUUGCAUGAACAUUUCAGAGAAUGCAUCAAAUUAUGGAUCGGCAGAUGUUGGAGCUGCUGAGGCCGAAUCUUCCCAAUGAAGAUCACAAUGCAGAACUUUUUGAGGCCAACUUGAUUGUCAUCAACAGUGGCCUCUGGAGCUUUCGGAGUCAUGUCAGUUCGCUUCUUCUGCCGGUGAUUGAUUUCUUAUAUACCAGCAGGAAAGAAAUGAAAAGAGUUCCUAUUUUUUCUGCAUUCACAUGUCAGAAGUUACUUAAUUGCUCGUCUCUGAAGUUGUCAAAGUUACAUGUGUCUCCAAAAGAUCGAAUUGUCUGUAAUAAAUGUUAUUGGAGAUGACAACUUGUUAUGUUUUUAUGUUGUGAUCUGUUGUCCUAAUUGUGUGAAAUCAUGAAGCUGUGUAGUAUCAAUAAACCCUAAUGGAUUGAUGUUGACGACGAUGGAAUUUCACGAGUUCUGUUACCAAGUUGCAGAACUGAACUUCAUUAUGGAACAUAUUUAUACAGAAUUUGAAAUGUAUGUCUAGACAAUAAAAUGCGAUGACAUAAUUCGUCUUUAGA